GCUAAUAUACCAGUCCAUGUACCUACAUCCCAUCGUUCCCGCCUCCCGACUACAAACUACACUCCCACAUUCAAUAUACUGGAGAAAACAUGUCAUUGUUGAAGACGUAACAAUUGCAGUGGGAUGAUCUCAAGUUUCUGGUCGAAUGGCAAAGUUCCGUUGGACGCGCGCAUUUUGCGACAAAAAAAUCAUCACCGGUCGCCACCAAUCAGAUGAGUUGCGCGACUUGUGCGAGUGGGUCAUAGUCAAACUGCGCUGUUUGUGCGACUCGCAAUAUCAAGAAUAUUCUGCUUGCUUUCUCAUCAGCCUGUUAUUUUACCUACUUGUUUCCAUUCCUCGAAAAUCUUUGGCCAGAUCGACCAUUUUCGCCGUCGCCCCUUCCCACCUAAAAGGCUAUUUCCCUUCCUGUCUUCUUUCUUUACUCGAUAUUAAAAACGACCCGCCGACAAUUUAUCCUACAUAACACCCACCUAACACGAACACUCACACCGACCAUCACAUCCAUCCAUCUAUCGAAUCAUCCUGGUCUAACUCGUAGCAUAUUGCACCGGGUUUUCGAACGUCAGACGAUAUGGGUGCCCCAAAACCCCUACAGCCGUCGUCACCAGGGGCCGACACCCUGAUUACCACUAUCUUCAUCUCCAACCUGCACUGUCCUUCCUGCAUAGAAAGUAUUCAAGAGUCUCUUGGUGCCCUAAGUCCGGCGCCUACGUCCGUGUCAUGCUCCGUAGGUUCACAUUCCGUCACCCUUCGACACAGCGCCUCCCUUGCCUUGGAUCAAGUCACUGGUUCAGUAGAAGCCGCGGGUUUUGAAGUACACAGUGUUUUCCAGGAAAACACAACCACUGUGUCCGGGCCUGUUGAAGUGUGUCGCUUCGACUCUGGUGACACUACGGACUGGGGGAAUAGUCUCGAACACGCCGUCGCUAAGUGGUUCUCGUCAACCUCGGAUUCGAGAUCCACCCGCGCACCGAUAGAAAAGAUGAGGGAGAAGCAUGUGGAGCAGUGUGAGCAGUGUAAAGAAGAGGCGGGAGGUGUGCAGUUGAGGGAUGCAUCCCACGAGGAAGUUUCCAAGACAAAGCCCGAGCCUGCUGUCACGAUUCACUCUAGCAUUGACGAUACUACGUUAGACGGAGCUAGAUCCCCUAGCACGAAAGACUUUGUUCAGAUCGAUUCAACGGAGAAUGUCUUGGUCUGCAAAGCUGUCGUAGCAAUAGAGGGAAUGACGUGCAGCUCGUGCGUAAACAGUGUCACGCAAGCCGUAGAACAGUUGCCAUGGGUUCGAUCCGUCAACGUGAACCUUCUCACGAACAGCGCAACAAUUGUCCUUGAAGGAAACGGAAAGAUCGAUGAGAUUGUCAGUACUAUUGAAGAUGUUGGGUUCGGCGCCACGGUGGAGGAGAUCGAGCACGCGGAUAAAUGGCGAGCAACAUACUCCAUCGGAGGCAUGACUUGCAGUGUCUGCGUGGGAAAUAUAUCUGAGGCAGUCAAGAAACAGGAUUGGGUCGAAAGUGUAGAAGUGAACUUGCUGUCCAACAGUGGCACUGUCGUGUUUCUAGGAAGACAGCAUGUGGAUCAACUCAAGGAAGUCAUCGAGGACGCUGGCUACGAUGCAACUCUUGACAGUAUCGUCCGGGAGGGCGCAGCGAAUAAGGAAACAACCGAGAGACACGCCGGGAUACGAAUCGAUGGAAUGUUCUGCCACCACUGCCCCGAAAACCUCACACGAGAGUUGGUCAACACGUACGGGAAGGGACAGUAUACUUUUGAGAUCAAAAAUCCCAUGCUAUCUUUGACACAACCAAUCCUGAACAUCAAAUACGUCCCGGAUUUACCAAAAUGCUCACAACGUGUAAUCUUCCGCACAAUCGAGGAACUCAACCCGAACUUCAAACCAUCGGUAUAUCACCCGCCUACGAUCGAAGAGCGUGCCCGAGAAAUGCAUACGCGUGAACGCAGACGCAUCCUAUUCCGCCUGGUCCUCUCAGCCGUCAUCGCAAUUCCAACCUUCAUCCUUGGUAUAGUCUUUAUGAGUCUUGUCGAGGAAUCUAAUUCGAUCCGUCGCUAUGUCAUGCAGCCAAUGUGGGCUGGGAACGCUACUCGACUCAGCUGGGCACUGUUCAUUCUAGCUACGCCUGUUUAUUUUUUGGCCGCCGAUACAUUUCAUCGACGGGCCUACAAGGAGCUAAAAGCUCUGUGGAGACCGGGAAGUCGUUUCUCACUGGUUCACCGAUUCACGAAAUUCGGCAGCAUGAGCAUGCUCAUGUCGCUGGGAACCAGCAUUGCCUAUUUCGCAUCAGUUGUGGAGUUGGCUCUAGCAGGUGCCGGUAAAUCUUUUGGGGCUAUGACGGAUUCGUACUUUGACGCCGUCGUUUUUCUGACUAUGUUUCUUCUCAUCGGACGUUUUCUCGAAGCUUACAGCAAAGCAAAAACCGGAGACGCGGUUACUUCACUUGGGAACUUGCGACCAAAGGAAGCACUCCUAGUCGUACAAGGCGAAGGUGAUGCCAAAGUCGCCACCGACUUGCUCGAAAUUGGCGACACAGUUCGAGUCUACCACGGCACUUCUCCGCCAUUCGACGGCGUCGUGCUGGAGGGAAGUACCAGCUUCGAUGAAUCCAGUCUGACUGGCGAAUCUCGCCCCGUCAAAAAAGAGCCAGGGGAUGCCGUGUACUCGGGUACUGUGAACAAGGGAUCACCAAUCAAGAUCAAAGUCACCACCAUUGCUGGGACAUCCAUGUUGGAUCAGAUCAUCGAUGCCGUUCGCGAGGGUCAAACACGUCGUGCGCCUGUUGAGCGAGUUGCAAGUACCAUCACCAGCCACUUUGUUCCUUUCGUCGUUCUCAUCGCUGUUCUCACGUGGGUGAUUUGGCUUGUUCUUGGAACUAGUGGAGCUAUCCCUAUGUCUUGGAGAGAUGAAGGUUCUGGUGGCUGGGCCCUCUGGUCUUUGAGGUUCGCAAUUGCCGUCUUUGUCAUCGCGUGUCCGUGUGGUAUUGGACUCGCAGCUCCCACUGCUUUGUUUGUGGGCGGCGGACUAGCUGCGCAGCAUGGUAUUCUUGUGAAAGGAGGCGGUGAGGCCUUCCAAGAAGCUAGUUCACUGGAUUGUAUCGUUUUUGACAAGACGGGGACGCUCACUCAAGGUGGAGAUCCUGCUGUGACUGACUACAAACUGUCUGGGUCUCGGGAUCGCGGCGUCGUGCUUGGUGUUGUGAAGGCUCUGGAGGAACAGAGCAAUCAUCCUGUUGCGAAGGCCCUAGUUUCAUUCUGCAAUAAAGAGUCAGAGACAGUUCUUGAAGCUACCAAGGUGGACGAGAUUCCUGGGAAGGGUCUCAAGGGAGUUUUCGAAGUGGAUGGACAACAGAUCACCGCCAUCAUCGGAAAUGAGGCACUCAUGUCUGACCAUCACGUCACCAUCACAGCAGAAGAGGCGUCUAUACUAGAAGCCUGGAAGAAGCAGGGAAAGUCGGUAGCGCUCGCUGCAUUGCUCACAGGACCUACAUCAACCCCGGAACAAACAGCACAACCCGACGUCUGGGAAUUAUCCAGCAUGUUCUCCAUCUCCGACCCCUUACGCCCUGAAGCUGCUGGCGUCAUCGCUCAACUCCAAAAACGCGGCAUCGAAGUAUGGAUGCUAUCAGGCGACAACCCCAUCACGGCCAACGCCGUAGGCGCACAACUCGGGAUCCCACCCACCAACAUCAUUGCGGGCGUGCUCCCCGAGCAAAAGGCCGAAAAGAUCAAAUACCUCCAACGCACGCUCGUCAAGAAGCCCAAAUCGUCGCUCUUCCAUAUCCCCUUCCCCGGAUUCCUCAAGAGCAGGAAUAAUAAUAAGAGUGCAAAGCGCGCCACAAUCGCAAUGGUAGGCGAUGGCAUCAACGACGCCCCCGCCCUCUCCACUGCAGACCUCUCCAUCGCCAUCGGGUCAGGCUCAGACAUUGCGCUCUCGUCGUCUUCCUUCAUCCUCAUCACCUCCCGCCUUUCCUCCCUCCUUACCCUCCUCGAUCUCAGCCGCGUCGUGUUCCGUCGCGUGUAUUUCAAUUUCGCGUGGGCGCUCGUGUACAAUGUCUGUGCUAUGCCUGUUGCCGCGGGAGUCUUGUAUCCGAUUGUUGUUCCUGGGAAAGGGGCGAGUAUGGAUAUGCAUCAUAACGGGGUGGGGAUGGAAGGCGGGUUGGGCAUGGGUGAGAUGGGGGAGCGCCAUGUUAGGCUUGAUCCUGUUUGGGCGAGUUUGGCUAUGGCGUUGAGUAGUGUCAGUGUGGUUUGUAGUAGUUUGCUUUUGAGGAGUCGAUGGAAGGGGGUUGGGUUUAGGGCGAGGGAAGAGUGAGUUGAUAGUGGUGGAAAUUGGUACUGGGUGAGAUUGGGAGAGAAUCAGGGGGAUGUUGUAUUUAUAUUCUUGUGUUUUUGAGAAUGCAUCCACUCGUUUGAAGUUUAUUCUGUUUUCUAAUGCUUUUGAUAUUCGUUUUCUUCUGUGAUUUUCGAAUCGUUCCUGCAUCUGAGUUGUGCAGCUCCAGCCUGGAACUCCCUAAAUCCCAAUAGGCGUAAAU